AAAAAAGCAGAAUUACUGGAAAAUUUCAAACUAUUAAACAAAUUUAAGAAAGAAAAGUUAUAGAAUUUAGAAAAAGUGAGGUUAUGUUUCACGAUUCACGACAAUGGCGAUUGCCCACAAGUUUGUGAAGGGAAAUUUCUCUCAUUUUCCCGAAUAAAUUUAUUAAAUGAUCAAGUUUUUUUUAGUAAAAAGAAUUGAAAAACAAUUUUCCCUAAUACCAGAAAGUGUCAAGUGUUUUUUGUUUCCAUUUGUUCGAAAACGGAAAACAAUUUAAGGUGUGGAAAUUUAUUGCAAUUUUUACUAAUAGUGACAGAUGAAAAGAAAAAUAAAACCUAUUAUUGGAAUGUGAUUCAAUAAAGAGAAAAAUAAUCAAUUACUACGUCUAUUUGUGAUAAGUGAUUUAAUAAUAAAUAAUAACACAAAUGUUUGAUAACAUUAAAAGGUCAUUAUUUAGAGUAUUCUUUUCCAAUCUCUCUCCUCUAUAAUUGACAGCUUUUGCAUAUGUCAGCGAAAAAUAUGUUUGGUAUUUAUGAAAUGUCAAUAAUAUAUGCGUCACAGUUAAUGAUACAUACAAGUUUAUUGAAUAUUUUCUCUUGUUUUCAUGAGAAUUCUUAAAAAAAGAGAAAAUUUAUUUUUUGCAAAAAGAAAAUGUCAACAUUAAAAUUAAGUAUGCAAGAUAAAAAGGACUUGGAUAAAUUUACUAAAUUUUUGGCAUUAAAAGCUGCUCAAAUUAUUGUGCAAUCGAGAAUUGGUGAAAAAUUCAAUACAAAAUGUAAACCAAAUUCAUCGGGAACUGAUUGGUUUAAUUUGGCAAUUCAAGAUCUGCCGGAUGUAUUGCUGGAAGCAAGAAAAGUUUUGUGCAGUGAUAUAAUUAGUUCGACCAUUCCAUUGUGCAUUGAAAUUUCACUUCGAACGGUCGAGGGUGACACGAUGGUUUUGGAGACAUGGACACUUGGUGUUUUGCCCGAACAAAGUGAUCCCACAAUUCGAGUGACAUACACAGUUUACAAUAGAAUGGGAAUUUUACUUAAAUCCUUACUCUCCGUAUCGAGAGUGACGCCCGCUUAUAAAUUAAGUCGAAGACAAGGUCCCGAUUCGUAUAUUAUUUGCUAUAGAAUUUAUAUGGGAGAACCUCAACUUCAUAUUUUAGGUGAUAAUUACAAACGCGUGCGAGUUGGACAAUUAUGCACUCCAGUUGGUACAAUUUAUUUAUCAGUUUCAUAUCGAACGAAAAUGACAAUUUCGCCAACUUACAGUGGGCGCGAUUCAAUAAUGCUUAAAAGUGAUCAUUUUCAUUCGGAUCUGAGUCCAAGGCACGCUCGAUAUCAACAGAGUGAGGAGACGUCAAAGUCGCUGAGCGAUACAAUCAAGGUUGGAGCAUUCGUUCUAAAUAAACAGGUGGUGGUGAAUGAGAAGGACUUGGUGAUUCCUGAUGUUCCAUUUAGUUCGUUGUUAAGCUCGAGGCAAAAUUCACCACCAUUACCAACGUCGGGCACGGAUUCAACGACAUUGACAACGGGCCCAGCAACGGGAACAACGACAGAAACAGCGGCGACUGACAGCAGUAAUGGAAACACUGAGAAAACAUCAAAUGACAAUGCAACUUGUAAAUGUAAUUCACAAAAUGGCUCGAGACGAAGCAGUUGUUCGAUCACCAGUGCAAACGACGACUUCAUUAUGAAAACGCCAUUUGCAGGGACAAAUACAAAUAGCGAUCUAGGAGUUUUUUACAGGGAAUGUCAAAGUGCACCGCAAUUGCAAGCUUUCACGGAGGAAUUAACGUUGGCCGAUCAAGUGGGCGAUUUGACGAAGAAACUUGAAACUUUCGAAACUGAUAUGCAACGGUAUGAAGAUCUACUAUCAUCUCUGUAUCAAUCGGAGAAUAAUAAUUGAAUAUUGCAACAAAAAAAAAAAAUGCGAAAGAAAAAAAUGACAAAGAAUUAAAUAUUCUUUUAUCAAAAAGGAAUAUUAAAAUUCCUCUUUUGAAAGUAAAAGAAAAAAGAAUUCUACCUCGCGGUGUUUUUUUUUUAUUUGAAAAAAAGACUCGGUGGUCCCUUCUUCGUAAACUAUGUCUCAUAUCAAGCUUUUUAUAUCAUGAUUGAAUUUCGAAAAACUGAAUCCUAAGAUAAGAUGAUAAGAUACUGUUGCAUCAUUUGAUAAUUAAUUUAUAUUGUUAAUACUAUUGCAGGGAUGGAAAUAAUCAUGUGAAUGACUGAAAAAAAAUUUAUUUUAGUUUCUAUUUCGCUUUUCUUUUUGUUUGAAACGUACGAGAAAAUUGAUUUCUUCGCCUCGUUCAGUUUCUCCUUAAACUUCAACUUCAAAUAAUUUCUUGAAUUUAUUUAAUAGAAUUCUAUGAAACUUUUCUUUAUUAUUACGAAAAAUCUCGAUUUAGAAAAAAUUCCUUAAUUAAAAUGUAUAAAAUUGUUGAAAUUGACUCGACAAUUGAAAUGUUUUUCCAUUUUUCAAGUUUUUAGAGUUUAAAUACGAGAAAAAAGUGAAAGAAACCAAAAUUAUGAUUCCCAUUGGAAUUAAAGUGUCGUUGAAAAAAUUGUAUAAAGAGAGAAAAAAUUAUAUUUUUGUUUUUUAAUUGGAAAAUAUGAGAAUGUACUUAUUAUAUUUUUUUUACAAAACUUUCUUUAAUGUUUAGAAUGCAGAGUGUGUGUUUUUGAGAAAAAAAUUAAAUAAAUUCUGUAUUUGUGUCGUGGGAAAGUUUUUUUUAUGAUGCGAAUGGUUGUAAUAAUAAUAUUUAAGGGGAGACGUCGACUAAAUUUUUAACUAUAUCAAGGAAGUGAUUUUAAAUUUUCGAUAAAAUUAUUUUUAUAGUAAUUUUUAGAGAGGAAAUCAAUGCUCAGAAAAUAUUCUGACCCUUUUUCGAUUUUUUUUUUAUUAAAAAUUGAUAGAUUUUAAAAUCUAUACGAUAUUUCCAUUCAUAUUUUUUAGAAAAUAUGUUUUUGUAUUCACAAAAAAAUUGCCAAGUGAA